AGGAGCAGCUGGUAUAUAAAGCGAGCGGAUCCUGAGGCGGCGGCAGUCAUUCGGUGGACAGACAGGAAGAGACAAGGUCGAUUUGUGCUCGUGUGUAUCUUUGCCUUCACGUCAGUUUUCAAAGAUGCGGUUGUUGGCAGUAGCGCUAGCAGUGCUGGCAGUCAGCGGCCAGUCCCGCGGCUGCUUCUUUUGGAAGGGAGAAUGCAACGACACGGCUCCCGCGGACGCCAGCAGCACGCGAACGUCCAACGAUGAGGAGCGCAUCGUGAACAACCCGCCGGGAGGCCUCAACGCGGCCGCUCCCUCCAACGGGGACCUGGCAGCCAGCCUCGUCGGCCUAUUGAACGGAGGUGCAGCAGGCGGCCUCGGGGGUCAAGGUGGCGGCCUCGGGGGUCAAGGGGGCGGCCUCGGGGGCCAAGGGGGCGGCCUCGGGGGCCAAGGGGGCGGCCUCGGGGGUCAAGGGGGCGGUCUCGGAGGUCAAGGGGGCGGCCUCGGGGGUCAAGGGGGAGGUCUCGGAGGUCAAGGAGGAAGUCUCGGAGGACAAGGAGGUGGUCUCGCAGGUGUCGGCGAUCAAGAUAUAACAACGUGUAACAACGGAUUGGGCGUCUGCGUGCCCUAUUAUCUCUGCAGCGAAGGAAACGUGAUAACGGACGGCGCAGGCCUCAUUGAUAUUAGGUUUGGCAGCAGCAAGAAGACGAACGACACCAGCACCAGAUCCAGUUCCGACUGCCCGCAGUUCCUCGACGUUUGCUGCACUAAUCCGAAUCCUCCGGACGUGGUCACCCCCGCCCCCUACACGCCCCGCUGCGGUAAGAAGAACUCGCAAGGCUUCGACGUCCGCAUCACUGGAUUCAAGGAUAACGAGGCCCAGUUCGCGGAGUUCCCCUGGAUGACAGCCAUCUUGCGCGUGGAGAGAGUCGGCCAGAAGGAGCUAAACCUGUACGUGUGCGGCGGCUCCCUCAUUCAUCCAUCCAUCGUUCUCACAGCCGCUCACUGCGUCCACUCAAAGGCUGCAAGCUCACUCAAGGCCCGCUUCGGAGAGUGGGACACCCAGAAGACGUACGAGCGUUACCCUCACCAGGAUAGGAACGUCAUCAGCGUGAAAAUCCAUCCUAAUUACAACUCUGGUGCUCUCUACAACGACUUCGCUCUCCUCUUCCUUGACAGUCCCGCCACACUGGCUCCCAAUGUGGACACCGUCUGCCUCCCGCAAGCAAACCAGAAAUUCGACUACGACACCUGCUGGGCUACCGGAUGGGGCAGGGACAAGUUCGGCAAGGAGGGAGAAUUCCAAAACAUCCUCAAGGAGGUGGCUCUCCCCGUCGUCCCCAACCACGACUGUCAGAACGGGCUCAGAACCACUCGGCUUGGAUCUUUCUUCCAGCUGCAUAACUCCUUCAUGUGCGCUGGCGGCCAGCAGGGAAUCGACACGUGCAAGGGCGACGGCGGGUCACCCUUGGUGUGCGAGGCAGUGGCGGGUUCGGGCGUGUACGUCCAGGCGGGCAUCGUGGCUUGGGGCAUCGGGUGCGGCGAGCAGGGCGUCCCUGGGGUCUACGCUGACGUGGGUUACGCCUCGGACUGGAUCCAGACCGAAGCCAACAUUGGUCUUGAUUCCCUCUACAGUAUCCAAGGAUAUAACUGGGACUACGGAAGAUUUGUUUACCCCGGCGUGUCUAAGCGACACUCAGCGCCCUGGCUUUCUCCUGGACGCACAUACAAGAGGAUCAGCUCGCUCUUUUACUGGACAAGGAUGCGUGUACUCGCUACGGUGUUAGCUCUUGCAGCUGUGGCCUCUGCAGUGCCCAGAGUUCGACGUCAGGCAGAGGCAGAUGUAUACUGUAGUAACAACAGGGAUAUAUGUGUACCUUAUUACCUGUGCAGGGACGGAGUAGUUAUUACGGAUGGAGGCGGGCUCAUCGAUAUUAGAAUCAAGCCUCGACUCGGCGGAAACAACACAGAGGCCACGAGGUCUGGAACCCCAGAGCCCGCGAGGUCUUCGGCCACGGAGUUUAUUUCUGAGUGCCCAAGCUUCCUCGACGUCUGCUGCACCGACCCCACCCGCGAACCUCCCCUUCCUCCGAAGUAUGUGGCACAGUGCGGCAGACGGAAUGAAGAGGGAGUCAACGCACGCAUUGUUGAUUUUCCCGCCAACCAGGCACAGUUCGGCGAAUUCCCAUGGAUGGCGGCAGUGCUAAGGACAGAAUACUCGGAGAAUAAUGUGGAAGAAAAGCACUACGUCUGCGGCGGCUCCCUCAUCCACCCUCAGGUUGUUCUCACAGCCGCCCACUGCGUCUACAACAUCAACCCAACCACCCUCAACGUACGCCUUGGGGAAUGGGACACACAGAAGGCUUAUGAGCUUUACCCACACCAGGACCGCAACGUCGGCUACGUCGUCACCCAUCGCGAGUUCAAUCCCACUAACCUCUUCAACGAUUUCGCUCUCAUUUUCCUCGACACCCCCGUGGAACUCGCACCUAACGUGGACACCGUCUGCCUCCCCGAACAAGGACAGUCAUUCGAUGGAUCCUACUGCUGGGCUACUGGCUGGGGCAAGGAUAAGUUCGGGAAGGAAGGAGUGUUCCAGAACGUCUUGAAGGAAGUUGAGCUCCCCGUCGUUAGCCAUUACGACUGCCAGGAAUCCCUUCGCACAACCAGGCUUAGUCAACUUUUCAAACUGCACCCGUCCUUCACCUGCGCAGGCGGCGUCGCCGGCGUCGACACUUGCACAGGAGAUGGAGGAUCUCCCCUGGUGUGCCUGGGACUGGGUAACAGCUACGUCCAAACAGGCAUCGUGGCUUGGGGCAUCGGCUGUGGAGAGGGCAAUGUUCCUGGCGUCUAUGCCAACGUGCCUGCUUUCGUCAACUGGAUCAAGGAUAAUGUAAACUCCAUCCUCCAACAAGAGUUCAACUAUGACAACACCAACUAUUGGUAAAUAAUGCGAAACUAAUGUCCAGGCACUAUGAACGCCGUAGCGAUCCAUCAAAUCGCUUGUCCGAACUUUCCCCUUGUGGCGGCAGAACCAAGAAGGCCCUGCAUCGAGGUCACUGAAAAAUUGUGAUUCUAUUUAUCGUAUCGUCUAUUUAUACCAAUAAAUUUUUAAAAAUA